GAAAAAUGUGUUCGACACGUGUGAACAAUGUGGAAUGUGGAAUUUGAGGUUAAUAAGAGUUAAGUUUUCAUUUAAGAACAUUUCUUCGCGAAAUGGGGCGUAUUCAACAUAAAGGGGUACUAAAUACUAAGAGCAAGAAAUCUAAAUCAAUACAGAAAACACGCAAGCAAUUGCGUAAAGAAAAAAGACAACAAAAGAAAAUAAGUAGAGCAAUGUAUUAUCAAAAGAAAAAAUCGAAAAAUCAGUCGGAACAAACGGAAAUAUCAAAGAUUAAUAAUGAUAAAUUGAUGAAGAUAAAAGAGAAAAAUAAUACUGAACAAGUACCAUCGACGCAGAAACGACAAAAGCCUAAAGAUGCGAAGGAAGAAAGAAUGCAAAAGAAUGUGAAAAAGCAAAGGGUGACACAACAAUUAAAACAGGCCAACUUAGACGAGGAUAAAGCGAUUAAACAGUUGGAAAAGCAACUGAAAUUAAAUAAACGAAAGAGUAAAUCUAUUCCAAAGUCUUUCGUAUCAGAUGGAUUAGAUUAUCUUUUGGAUUUCUGUAAUUCAGAAAAUAGGAGUCACAUUGUUGAAACUGAAAAGCAGUUGUUAGACACUGGAUUGAGUAAAGAAUUUGAAGAGGAUUUGAAUAUGGCUAUUGGUAAGGAUGAUAUUGAGGAUGGAAAUGAAAAACAUGAUGAGCAAGACAGUGUAGAUGAUAAUGAAGAUUCUGAACAAGAUUCAGAAAAUGAGAGUCUUUUAUCUAAUAAAAAUGUAAUUCAAGUUGAUAGUGGAGAAAUUUCUUCAGAAGAAACAAAUACAAUAAACAUUAAAUCUAAAAAGUAUGUAUCAAAUGAAAAAGAGGAGACAGUGAAUGAAGAAUCCAGUCACAGUAAUACAUCAGAACAAUCAGAUGGAGAAAUUUCUUCAGAGGAAAUAGAUACAAUAAACAUUAAAUCUAAAAAGUAUACAUCAAAUGAAGAAGAAGAGACAGUAAAUGAAGAAUCUAGUCACAAUAAUAUAUCAGAUGAUAACGAAGACUUAUGGGAAGAUAUUUAUGGAAGACAAAGAGACAAAAAAGGCAAUAUUAUAUUAAAAAAAUAUGUACCACCUGCUGUACGUAUUGCAAGUAAUAAUAUUUCUUCUGAUAGUGAAAAAAUUAGUAGGUUAAAGAAACAGAUGAAAGGUAUUUUAAAUAGAUUGGCAGAACAAAAUAUGCAUACCAUUGCAAAUCAGGUAGAAGAAAUGUACAUGUCAAACAGUCGUAAUUGUAUGAAUGUAUUGUUAUCCACACUAAUGAUGGAAAGUAUAGUUGCACCAAUAUUAACUCCAGAUCGACUUAUCUGUGAACAUAUGAUGUUAAUCGCUAUAUUACAUGCAAAUAUUGGUACAGAAGUUGGAGCACAUUUUUUACUGACUAUUGUAAAAAAGCUUCAUCACAUGUUGGAAGAAUCUCAUUGUAUUGAGAAUAAAGAAUUAGAUAAUAUAAUUCUUAUUAUUUCACAUCUGUAUAAUUUCAAGGUAUAUGGUCAUCGCCUUUUAUAUCAAAUAUUAGAAAAACUAGUGGCAAAAUUUACGGAAAAAGAAAUUGAACUGAUUUUAUUGAUUUUAAGGACAGUAGGUUUUCAAUUAAGGAAAGAUGAUCCAAUUGCUUUGAAAGAACUUAUAUUAAAUUUGCAACAAAAAGCAAAUAAUGCUACUUUGGAAAAUUCAAGAGUCAAAUUUAUGUUGGAUGUACUAUUGGCAAUAAAAAAUAAUAACAUGAGCAAAAUACCUCAAUAUGAUCCAUCUUGGAUAGAACACUUGAAGAAAAUACUAAAGAGUUUUAUCCAUAAGGGCAAUAGUGUUACACAAUUUAAUGUAACUUUAGAAGACUUAUUAGAAGCUGAUGAAAGAGGAAAAUGGUGGAUAGUAGGCUCAGCCUGGUCCGGUCUUAAGGAUAUUGGUAAAUUAGAAAAGAAUUUGGAAGACAAAAAACAAAAAUACAGUGAGGACAUAUUAGAGUUGGCACGAAAACAGAGAAUGAAUACUGAUGUUAGAAGAGAUAUCUUUUGCAUACUAAUGACAGCUGAAGAUUAUUUAGAUGCAUUUGAAAAAAUUCAUCAUCUUGGUUUGAAGAAUCAACAACAGAGGGAAAUCAUUUAUGUUAUCCUCAAUUGUUGUAUUCAAGAAAAGAAGUUCAAUCCUUAUUAUGCUGUAUUGGCACAAAGACUGUGUGAUUCUGACAGAAAAUAUCAGUUAACUAUACAAUAUGCAUUAUGGGAUAAGUUGAAGACGUUGGGUGAUUUGAAUACAAAACAGUUAACAAAUCUGGCAAAAUUCUUGACUCUUUUAUUCUUAGACAAAGGUCUUCCACUUUCCGUUUUAAAGGUGAUUCAAUUCAUGGAAUUAGACAAGUUAACCAUGAGGCUUGUACGGCAAAUCAUGUUGGGAAUAUUAUUACAUGAGAAUGAGGAGGCCUGUUUAGAAGUAUUUGGAAAGAUAUCUUUAUCCCCAAAGUUGCAAACUUUUAGGGAAAGUCUUAGAUUAUUUAUAAAUCAUUUUCUUGUAAAAAAUGUAUGUGCUGCUAAAAAUUUGCAAGAACAUAGUGAACUAUUAAAGAAACGGUCAGGAUUGAUAGAUAAACUUUUAAGUACACGAGAAUCAAAACUUAUAUUUUAA